CCACAGCUGAGAGAAGCAACGCGAGAUCUUCUAGGGGAGAGAGAUUCAGCGAGAGGAACCGUAAACACCGGCGAGCCAGAGCCGUUUCUGCCUCUGCGGAUCCGCUGGAUAAAACGAAGGGUUUUCAUGCUCUUGAGAUUGCACAGAAACAUUACAGCUUGGUGGAGGUAUGACAUUAACCAGGGGCUCCUUCACUUAUUCCAGCGGAGAAGAAUAUACAGGAGAAUGGAAGGAAGGUCGGAGGCACGGUAAAGGUGAGCUGAAGUUUGCUGAUGGCACCUGUUAUAAAGGUCACUUUGAGAAUGGCCUGUUCCACGGAUCAGGGGUGUUAGUCUUUCCCGAUGGAUCCAGGUACGAGGGUGAAUUUGCCCAGGGAAAAUUCCAAGGGGUCGGAAUCUUCUGCAGGUUCGACGGGAUGAAAUUUGAAGGGGAAUUCAAAAGUGGCCGUGUGGAAGGAUAUGGGCUGCUGACAUUUCCAGAUGGUUCCCAUGGUGCUCCGCGGAAUGAGGGAGUGUUUGAGAACAACAAGCUUCUGAAACGUGAAAAGUGUCAGGCUGUGGUGCAGAGAGCCAAGAACUCGGCAUCCACUGCCCGCGGCUUCCUUGUAUGACAAACUGACCUCAGUGAAAGCACCCCUAACUGCAGCUUUCAGAUCAGGCCCCAAAUCACAUUACGGAUUGCAGCGUCACAAAUGAAGUCAAAGCUGACUGUGGAUCUGCGCUCAGGGGUGAUCUCUGCCUUCACCAAACAACGGAGCUCAAAAAUAUGUGAGACCCAUCAGACCCUCAGGGAUGGAUGAAAGUGUUUCCAUUCCACACACCUCUAUUUCUCUCACAUUGUUGCUCUGCCUUGGUUUCCUCUGUGGCUUAAAAACAUCACAAAAUUCUGUACGUUUGUUAUGGAGGCAUGGAUAAACUCAAGUCACCAUUGCAGGGAAAGAAGCCUGGUCCGAUGAAGAUGAUUUUGGUAAAUGAAUGGAAUUUGCCUUUACGAGCCUGCGAUUUGACUGUAUUGUUACUGUUGUAACUGUUUGUUUGUCUUUAUUGCACAUUUGCCUUAGUUCUUGCAUUAAAAGUCAAUAUUGCUGGAUUAAAAUCUUGUUACUGAU